CAGAGUUAGAAUGACUUUCGUGCCCCUGGACACUGGUGAGGCCACACCUCGAAUCGUGCGUUCAGUUCUGGCCCCUCGCUCCAAGAAGGAUGUUGAGGCUCUGGAGUGUGUCCAGAGAAGAGCAACGAAGCUGGUCAGCCAGUGUCCCUGGAACCUCAAAUGUGGCUGCCGGCAGCAAUCGCCGUCUUCAGCAGACUCAACACCAAGUAGAUGAGGUUGUUGACAUUAUGAGAGUGAAUGUGGACAAGGUAUUGGAACGAGAUCAGAAGCUGUCAGAGUUGGAUGAUCGUGCUGAUGCACUGCAAGCAGGAGCUUCCCAGUUUGAGACCAGUGCAGCCAAGCUGAAAAGGAAGUACUGGUGGAAGAACUGUAAGAUGUGGGCAAUAUUGAUAGCUGUGGUUGUCAUUAUCAUCAUCAUCAUUAUUGUCUGGGCGGUGCCUUCAUGAGUUGCAGGAAGACUGAUGGACCCAAGUGCCUCUCCUUCACCUGCUGCCUUUCCAGCCCGUUUACUGCUGCUUGAAGCAAACCUCUCGAUUACCGAAACGUUAACUAACAUUUCCUGUUGCCUUAAGACACUCCUGUCAUCAAACACUAACGAGCACAGCCCCGCCCCUCCCCUCAGCCCACACCCCCCCACCCCUCCCCACGGGGGGGGAGGUGGGCGGGGCCGCACGUGGCGGCGGGGCCGGCGCGCGCACGGGGCCCGCGUGCCGCGGCGCGUGAGGGGCGGGGCGGUGGGCGGGGCCUCGCCCGCCGCUCGCCAAUAAAAGCGCGCGGGGCCGCUGGGGUGCCUCCAGUGCGUGAGUGUGUGUGUGUUGGGGCGGGGCGCGGCGCACGUGGCCGCGGCGCCGGGGGUGCGCGGCCGCCGCGUGCGGGGGCCCUUACGUAACGG